CCUCGCUCCCAGCACUGCUGCCCAGACGCAAGGCUCGAAGCCCAGGACCUCACGAUGGGGGAUGAGGAGAAGCGCCACAGGGCCAUCACGGCCCGGAGACAGCACCUGAAGAGUGUCAUGCUCCAGAUCGCGGCCACGGAGCUGGAGAAGGAGGAGAGCCGCCGGGAGGCGGAGAAGCAGAACUACCUGUCUGAGCACUGCCCUACGCUGAGCAUCCCUGGGCCCAUGGCCGAGGUGCAGGAGCUCUGCAAACAGCUGCACUCCAAGAUCGACGCGGCUGAGGAGGAAAAGUAUGACAUGGAGGUGAAGCUGCAAAAGAGCACCAAGGAGCUGGAGGACAUGAACCAGAAGCUGUUCGACCUGAGAGGCAAGUUCAAGAGGCCCCCCCUGAGAAGGGUGCGCAUGUCUGCCGACGCCAUGCUCAAGGCGCUGCUGGGCUCCAAGCACAAGGUGUGCAUGGACCUGCGGGCCAACCUGAAGCAGGUCAAGAAGGAGGACACCGAGAAGGAGCGGGACCUGCGCGACGUGGGUGACUGGAGGAAGAACAUCGAGGAGAAGUCGGGCAUGGAGGGCCGCAAGAAGAUGUUUGAGUCGGAGUCCUAGGCCACUCGCCGCCCCCUUGCAGCCCCCACGCCGCCUGCACGCCGCCCAGGGCUCCCAGCUCCCGGGGCCCCGCCCGGACGCCCAGGCCUGUGGGCAAUAAAGGAUUCCAACCCCCGUGA